GCCGGAAGCUCUCCUGUGAGAUGGUUUUGGGAGGCCGGAAGUUGCGCUUUCAUUGCUCGCCGCUUAUAAUUGCUCCUGAGGCCUGCGGACCUGUGACUGACGUCCGCUUUCUCCCGCGCUCGGUGUGGGAGAGACUCGCGGAGUGAGAGUAAGGUUUAUCGACAGACUAAUUUCUUCACUGCCAAAAUGGCUUCAUUUUCUACCUCUGCCCAGUGUUCAACAUCUGACAGUGCUUGCAGGAUCUCUCCAAGGCAAAUCAAGCAGGUACGACCAAAACUGCCACUUUUGAAGAUUUUGCAGGCAGCAGGUGCACAAGGUGAAAUCUUCACUGUUACAGAGGUCAUGCACUAUCUAGGCCAGUAUAUAACGAUGAAGCAGCUUUAUGAUCCGAGAGAGCAGCAUAUGGUAUAUUGUGGUGGAGAUCUUUUGGGAGAACUACUAGGAUGUCAGAGUUUUUCUGUGAAAGAUCCAAGCCCUCUCUAUGCUAUGCUAAGAAGGAAUCUUGUCGCUUUAACCACUGCUACUACAGAUGCGGCUCAGACUCUCGCUAUCGCACAGGAUCAAAAUAUGGAUAUUCCAAGUCAAGACCAACUGAAGCAAAGUGCAGAGGAAAGUUCCAGUUCCAGGAAAAGUAUUGAAGAAGGCAAUAUUUCCACACUGCCUACCUCACAGCAUAAAUAUACAAAUUCUAGAGAAGAUGUAUAAAAAUUCCUCAAAAGUAUUUUACGACAUAAUGGUCUCCAGUCUAGGCACCUGGCUCACAUGUGGAACAGUGGCACUCAGAUAUCUAGCAACAUCCUGGAGUUGUACUAUUGAAAUUGUUUUAAACAUUUAAGGUAAAAUGGAAUUAAUUUAUCAUGCCGGAUUGUUUUGUUCACAUUGCAUUUGAGUAUAAACUAAAUUUUGGGCUCCCUAGUUACCUUGGAAAGGUUUAUUUCAGUCUAUGUGGCAUUAAUGUAUAAUUUUGUUUCUUUAAAUGCAGAUCCAUAUUUUCUACUUAGAAGUCUGUUUAAAAUAUAAGAACGGCCAGUUUAUGUCAUUUGUGAUGUAAAAUUUGAAUAAAUUUUUAAUAAAUAGCUUAGUAUUUGCAGGAAGGUAAGUAAGUAGAGAGGAGGGAAUUUUUAUGUGUGGAAAGAAUAGCCUAUUUCCAUUCCUUUUAUGAGAAGUUAUAGAGCUUGGGUAGAUGACGAUAACUGUAAUACCCAUCUUAGGAGUUUGGUUUUUGAUAAUUUCAGCAAUGAGUAAGUAAAAAGGUAGUUGAAAUUUCCCUGAGCACAGAUCUGCCUUUUAAUAAGCAGGAUCAACAUAAUUUAUUAGUAGGUGGAAUAACCUUUAUUUCUAGCAGGGACCCAUUUAUUGUAGAAAUUUCUUCAACCAUCUGUACCUUAGCACAUUUAAACACCCGUGGUUGCCAUUGGUAUGUCUGGUGCAUUGGGAGAAGAGGUAGAGGAGAGUAAGAAAGUAGGAAAAGAAUAAAGUGCAGCAAAAAAGAUUGCCUGAUGAGAAGGAAAGAAAAGAACUUUAUACAGUAACAACAAACUUAUGUUAGUAACUGCCUUGAAUGUCAUUUAGAUGUAUGACACAAGGUCUUUUACUUGGAAUAGGUGGGGGCUUUAUGUGUUUUGGAUUCGCAGUACGUUUAGAUAUAGAUGGCUUACCGCCAAAAGAGCCCGUUGAUCCAGAAGGGACAUAUGCAUAUAUUUAUUUAAACAAUGUAGAGUUUAACAUUUUUAGUGGUUAUUACCUAUCAAACACAAAUUAUUGAGGACUGUCCCAAAAUAUGUGGUGCCAGUGAGACUGCCUUGACAACGUUUUGAUUGCCUUGUGUCAUGGUCUGUACUGCCUUGCUUCUGUCUUAAGGGCUGGGCCACUAGGUCAUCACCAUUUGCAGCCCAGUGGAUCAAGCCAUUAUCAGAUGCCAUGUACUAGAGCAAGUCAUUGUUUAGUUAUUACAGUGGUAAGAAUGUUUAAAAUGAAAAUAAAUGACCAUUUAGAAAUCCUUUUAGAACAAUGUCAUUGUUUAGAUGCUUUCAGAGUUUGGAUUUCUUGAUAAAUGAUUGUCUUCUUCUAGUGUCAUUACUUGCUAAUGAAGGCUAAACAGGGAAUGAGAUUUGGGCUCUGCAACUGAGACAGGGAUUUGAUUUCUGAUUCUUAUUGGGAAUAGGAAUUUCUUUUUACUUAUCUUAUGAAAAGAUUGUAAGUAUUAUAAAGAGAGAAUUUAUUUUUAAGGGUUGUGUACAUAGUUAUCAUCCUUUUC